GCUGAAGCAGAAAAGAAGAAAGGAUUGGGACUUUCUUUGAAAGGUGAAGUUCAGGAAUCUCUUGAUCGCGCUAAGGAAGAAAAGGCCGAAGAAGAGAAGAAGCAGCAACAAGAGAAAGAAGAACAGGAAAGAAAGGCUGCAGAAGAAAAGGCAAAAGAAGAAAAAGUUGAACAGGAAAUGAAGAAGAACAACGAAUUUUCACUUUUCGGACAGGUAAACGAAGCAAUUCAGAGAGGAGAAGAAGAGAAGAAGGAAGAAGCAGCUCCGGCUAAGCCAGAAUUAGGUUUGAAGGCUAGUCUAUUCUGA